CAAGAAUCCAUUUUCUAAGUCAACAUGGAUCUUUAACUAAAUUAACUAAAUAAAAGGACGGACAUGCGACCUUGUAAUAUCUUUACUCGUGUAAUUAAGAAUAAGAUAGGUGUAUGGUGUUAGUGAUAUAUGUAAAAACGCAAAAUUUGUUCUAAACUCAUAAACUUUGAAUUUGUGUAGUUUAAUUGAAGUUGAAUCUGAAAGGAAACGAUAUAUAAUUCCGCAAUCUCUAACUGAUUAAUGAAAGGUGAGAGCAAUUAAAUUCGAAAAAAGUUGGUAAUAAUACUAUUAUUAACAAGUUAGGACAGAGGGAGGUUCCAAGGAUCCAGGCCCUGGAAUCGUGGCCUUUUAUAAAGCAAGCGCCCUGUAAUUGCAAAUCCUGAAUCCCAAAUUUCUUGGCAUCUCGUUUCUCAAAUCUCUGCUCAUUCCACUUAUUGCAUCUCUCUCUCUCUCUACCCGUUUACUGUAAAACCCUGGAUAUUCGUUGUCUGAAUUCUGGAGAGAAUGAAGCUGAAAAUAGUCCACCAGAAUCAGGAGAGCCGCGGCGGGGGUGAAGAGCAAGCGAUGAAGACGGAGGAUGCGGAGGAGCCGGCGAAGGACAGCUUUUCGCCUCCGGAGCCUUCGCCGGUUUCUGCUUCUCACCCUCUGCUUGUUUCCGGCAAGAGGAAGAGGAAGCCCAAGGAGCUGAUCGACGAGGUUUCAUCGAUUAUUGUGCGGAGGAGGAGAAAGAGUUUCUCUUCGUCCAAAUCGCAAGAUGAUGUUCCUGAUAGCGGAGGAAGAUCGCGGAGUAAAGGAGAUGCUAAAGGUGGUGGGCCAGGCAGUACUGCCCAAAUAAAGUCACCUACCAUGAUUCGAGCCGAGGAAUUCAUGUUGAGUUUGAGCAAUGAUCAGCCUUCUUUCUUGAAAUCAUUAGUCAGAUCACAUGUUGCCAGUUGUUUCUGGAUGGGUCUUCCUGGGCCCUUUUGCAAGAUACAUUUACCUGGAAAUGACACUGAAGUUAUUCUUGAAGAUGAAAAUGGUGAAAAGUUUCCAAUUAAAUAUAUAGCAAACAAGACGGGUCUAAGUGCUGGAUGGAGAAAGUUUGUUGCUGGAAAUAAACUGGUCGAAGGAGAUGUUCUGAUCUUCCAACUUAUUGGGCCCUGCAAAUUUAAGGUAUACACAAUAAGAGCAAAUGAUUUGACUGAGGUUGAUGGUGCUCUUAGCCUUCUAAUUUUGGAUUCACAAACGAAGCAAAAUGAUGCAGAGGGGACUGUGGAUGCUCAAAGCACGAAAAAGAGACGUCGAAAAUCUCUUCCUAUGACGGUUGUGCAGAAGAAGAAACAAAAGGCAGGUCUGCUAGAGGAACAGUCUGGAAACGAUAGUGAUGAGGUUGCUUCUGAGGUUUUAGAAGGCGCCAAGUUAUCCGGAUCUUUUCAUUUCAAAGAUGUCAACAAAUUCGAUGAAUUUCACAUCGUGGUGAAUGGAGUAUGCAUCGACUCUGAUCUUCCUGAAGACAUUCGUAGAAAGUACUACGAACUCUGCUGUAGCAAGAAUUCGUUUCUCCACGACCGACUUCUUCCAGGCCUCUACAGUAAGCUAGCUGCUGGUAUGAUUGUUGAAACUAUAAAUAUUGCUGAUUCCAUACGCGGGUGUAAGCCGACCACCCCAAGGAAGGAUUUUGAAGUAUGGGAAAAGUCUCUGAGGUCCUUCGAGCUUCUGGGCUUGAAUGUGGGAUUCAUACGAUCUCGUCUGCAUCAACUGCAGAGGUUGGCCUUCGAGACAGAAGAUGCCUUAGAGAUAAGAAGGUACUUGGAAGUGCAGAAGGAGCAAAGCCGUGCCAACGAUGAGAUUCAGAAACUUGAAGCAAAGCUUGUGGAACUAAGAGAAAUUUCUGCCAAGUGUGAUCAUGAAUUAGAGAAUUUAAGGAUCAAAAAAGAGAGCUAUGAACUCAAGUUCCAAGUAGAGGUUGACGCACCUUGGUAAUAUUCGGUAUAUUUGCAUGUGUGCGAGACGGAGGAAACAGAGUUACUAUAUAUGUAGUUAGUAUUGUUAUUUACUUGCUCUCUAAUAUAGACUUUUCCUCUUGUUCUUCAAGUAGAUCCAAUUAUAAAAAAAAAUCUGACUCU